AUGAGGGAGAGAAAGAACAAGAUUGCUCAAUACCAAAAUAAUCAAAGGACAUUGAUCUCCUACGCUAUACCUACUCUGGAUGGUACUACAUCAAGCAUUAUGAGGCUGAAUGUGCAAGCAAACAAUUUUGAGAUCAUGCCUGCAAUUAUUCAGAUGAUCCAGAUGAGUGUGCAAUUUUCUGGCCCCAAUGAUGACCCUAACUCUCAUAUUGCUAAUUUUCUUGAAAUAUGUUCGAUUACUACAUGGGAUGACUUGGCACAAAAGUUUUUAUCUAAGUAUUUUUCACCUGCUAAAACGACUAAAUUAAGGAAUGACAUAACAACUUUUUCUCAAUUUGAUAAUGAAACCUUAUAUGAGUCAUGGGAGAGAUUUAAGGAAAUACUUAGGAAGUAUCCUCACCAUGGUCUACCUGUUUGGAUGCAAGUGCAGACUUUUUAUAGUGGCAUUAAUCAAUCUAAUCAUUCAAUGUUAGAUGCAGUUGCAGGUGGUACCCUUAUGAGAAAAACUCCCGAAGAAGCAUAUGAACUUUUGGAGGAGAUGGCAGCCAAUAGCUAUCAAUGGGGCAAUGAGAAAUCAAAUAAAAAGGGAGUUGGAAUUUAUAAUGCUGAUUCUAUUACUACUUUAUCGGCUCAACUUGCUGCAUUAAAUAAGAAAUUAGAAAAUUUAGGGGUUUCGGCUAGGAGUGUUUCUUCUAUUCCCUUCCCUUCUUGUGAGCUUUGUGGGCAAGGGAGACAUGCUAGUGUAGACUGUCAAAGAGCACCUCCCGGAUUUCAGCAGCAACCACAACAAAAUCCACAAGACAAGAAACCAAAUUUAGAGGAUAUGAUGGCAAAAUUUAUCAAUAGUACGGAGGCAAGAAUUCAAGGGAUAGAAACUCAAAUUGGACAACUUGCUCAAGCAAUUUCGGCAAGGCCACAAGGAGGAUUACCUAUCAAUAUCGAGAAGAAUCCCAGGGAACAAGUAAAGGCCAUCACUCUGCGAAGUGGAAAAGAACUUAGAAAAGAAGAAAAAGAUGAUGAGCAGGUAAAAGAGGAAGAAAUCCGAAACCUUGAAGCCAAAGAAGGAGACUACGAGUCAUCAAUGGAGAAAAAGGGAAGUUCUUCUACUCUUAAUUUAAAAUCCUACAAACCCCCUCUUCCUUUUCCUAAAAGAUUUCUUAAGGCUAAAUUGGAUAAGCAAUUUGCUAAAUUUCUAGGGGUGUUUCAAAAGUUGCAUAUUAACAUUCCUCUUCUUGAUGCUAUUUCUCAGAUGCCAAGUUAUGCCAAAAUUUUAAAAGAAAUAAUUUCAAACAAAAGAAAGUUGGAGGAGUUUGAUAUGGUAAAGCUUAAUGAGGAAUGCUUAGCAAUCCUACAAAAUAAAUUACCUCCAAAACUCAAGGAUUCAUGGAGCUUCUCUAUUCCGUGCACCAUUGGCGAAAUUAAUUUUGAUAAGGCUUUAUGUGAUCUUGGUGCAAGCAUUAAUUUGAUGCCUUUUUCUUUCUUCAAGAAGUUUGGGUUGAAGGAGCCAACACCUACCACUUUUUCUCUACAAUUGGCUGACAGAAGUAUCAAAUAUCCAAGGGGAGUAGUGGAAAAUGUUUUGAUAAAAGUAGAUAAAUUUAUUUUUCUUGUUGACUUCAUCAUUUUGGACAUGGAAGAAGAUUAUGAUAUGCCCCUAAUUUUAGGAAGACUUUUUCUUGCCACAGGAAGAGCUUUAAUUGAUGUCCAACAAGAAAAACUUAGCUUUAGGAUUAAUGAUGAUGAAGUUAUUUUAAAUGUGUUUAAAGGAUUUGAAACAUUCCAAUGA